UUGCCAACAAGAGUCUUAGAAAUGUCUGGAAGCGCAGGAGAAUGGUGUCUCAUGGAAAGUGAUCCUGGCGUUUUCACAGAAUUAAUCAAAGGCUUUGGUUGUAAAGGAUCUCAGGUGGAAGAAAUAUGGAGUAUGGAACCAGAGAACUUUGAAAACCUUAAACCAGUUCAUGGGUUGAUCUUCCUGUUCAAGUGGCAGCCUGGAGAGGAACCAGCAGGAUCUAUUGUUCAAGAUUCAAGGCUUGACAACAUCUUCUUUGCCAAGCAGGUGAUAAACAACGCCUGUGCUACUCAGGCCAUUGUAAGCGUGCUGCUGAACUGCACCCACUCUGAUGUAGAACUGGGAGAGACACUCACAGAGUUCAGAGAAUUCUCACUCAGUUUUGAUGCUGCUAUGAAGGGUCUGGCUCUCAGCAACUCUGAAGUCAUUAGGCAAGUUCACAACAGUUUUGCAAGACAGCAGAUGUUUGAGUUUGACGCCAAGUCUUCAGCAAAGGAUGAGGAUGCAUUCCAUUUUGUAAGCUAUGUCCCUGUCAAUGGGAGGCUUUAUGAGCUGGAUGGUCUACGUGAAGGACCCAUUGAUCUCGGAGUUUGCAACCAGGAUGAUUGGAUCAAUGCAGUUCGACCGGUGAUUGAGAAAAGAAUACAGAAGUACAGUGAAGGAGAGAUCCGCUUCAACCUAAUGGCCAUUGUCUCGGACAGGAAGAUGAUAUAUGAGAGGAAGAUAGCUGAGCUACAGGUCCAGUUAGCAGAGGAAGAGCCAAUGGAUACCGACCAGAACAGCACCCUUCUAAGCUCCAUCCAAUCAGAAAUUGCCAAGUAUCAGCUGCUGAUCGACGAGGAGAAUCAGAAACUUAAACGAUACAAGAUCGAAAAUAUUAGACGAAAGCAUAACUACCUACCCUUCAUCAUGGAACUACUGAAGACGCUUGCAGAAUACCAGCAAUUGAUACCAUUGGUGGAAAAGGCAAAGGAGAAGCAGAGUGCCAAAAAAGUCCAAGAAGCAAAGUGACCACACACACGUGCUUGUCAGUCUUAUUCAUUUGAAGGGGCGGAAAUCUCGCUCCCUACCAUUGUCUGGUGACCCCCACCCCCAUCUUGGACACACAAGCACAGGUGGUGGGACAAAAAGACAACCUUGUUGACUGUCCCACCCAGAUCUACCCCUCAGUUGUAAUGCAUGCCCUGAAAGAUAUGAACCUGUCUUAUUUUCAUAAUAAAAUGUUUAGCUGUUCGAAA